AUGCCUUUUGCUAUUGGCAAGCCUUUUCUUCUUGAGAUGUUAAUUGAAGAAAAUGGAAUUAGUCCAAUACCUUAUCAAGGACCAUUGGAUACUCUUUUAACUACUAAUAGAAUGCGUGUUGUUGGCACGCCUCACCCUGGCGCUCAACGCUUCACUGUGAAUUGGAAAUCUGCCGAUGGAGAGACUUUGUUCCACUUUAACACGCGUUUUGAUCAAAACUGCAUUGUUCGGAAUGCUACCGUAGACAAACAAUAUCCACCAACUAGUGAAGAGCGGGAAGGGCCUGGAUGUCCAUUCCAUCCUGGGAAACAGUUUGCGUUAGACUUUCUUUUGCAUGGGGACAUUAUUCGGUGCUUCGUAGACGGCAUUGAAUAUUGUCGCUUUCAAGCCCGUGAUGACCUUCACAAAGUCGUUCUUUUGGAUAUUCACGGAGAUAUAGCACUUGAUCAAGUUUUGAUUGCUUGA